CCUUUUAUUAUUACUCUGAUACAAUGAGUACAAUUUUUUGUUGGAGAAAAGAGUGCAACAUUUCAUUUUUAUUUAACAUUUGCACUUCAACAGUUUGGGUGUGCAUUCUUUCUUUCAUCAGUUUCCUAAAAUAUUGUUAAAAUACAUUUUUUUAAAUUAAAUUUUUUUUUUCCUUUUGUGAAAUUAAACCAAUUAAAUGUGCGACCUGCCGGAUUUUAUUGCAAUGAUUCUUGUAAGAGGUCCACCCACAACCAGUAAAACAUUUGGACUAACUAGUAGGUCUUACAAAGCCAAGGAAGCAACUUUUCCUAUCCUGCUGUUACCUGAUUGUUUGUGGAGGCGGUCUCUUGCACUGUAGCCACGGGGCGGGGCUGUGUUGCCAAGGGGUGUGGCAACACAAUUCAAUUCUUUAUUAAACUUUAACUGAAUUCUACAAUUAACGUGCUCUGUAUAUAAGCCAAACCAAUACACUUGGUAGCUAACAUCCAGUAAUAUUUGAUAACAGUUAUUGGAAAACUUCACUGUCAUUUCAAAGGGCAAAUGCCAUGAGGUGAGGUUUCCUGUUUUUGUAGGCUGGUAUAACCCCUGACCAGGGUGAGACAGAGAUGUCACUGGAAUUUCACAUUUGUGUGUUUUAAAGUAGUCUGUCCCCAUACCAGAACAUCCUCAAGAUGACCUUUUAACCUCAGAUCACCUCAUUCCAGUCCACUCAUCAUUCAGCUCGUAAAUCAUAUUUCUCCCAGACUAAGUCUGGCACUCCACAUACUUACACUGGUGUGCUUGCAUUGCCCUUGGCUGAAAACUGGCCGCACCCAGGAAAACGCUGGAAUUUUUGGCCCAAACCAACAGGCAGACUGAACAUCUGGGACGCACAUGUUCUUCAUUCGUUUGCCACACUAUUGGCAGAAGAAAAAUUAAACGUGCUUUCAGCGCUUUUUUAGUAACAAAACGGCAGCUUUUCGAGGAGAGACUGUGCUCACUUGAGUAAAUGCCUGAGGUUUAAAGCUUUAUGAAAGAAAAUUCCCUGCUUCUUGUGCACUGACGAGUAGUCCUCUGUGGUACUGUAUCCUUUGUUUUACAGACCUGAGCGUGGUACAUUUUUCACGCUCACACGGGAUGGCCUUGGUCUGCAGCCAUCUCCUGUAUCACCCCUGGGCUGUCCAAAUUUGCUCACUUCAUCACAGCUUUGUUUUCACAAGCUGCAAAACAUGCUCUCGUUCUACUAACAGAACUCAACCUGAAAAAUCUCUUGUAGUUCACCUUGUUGAUCCCCUUUAUGAAUUGAAAAGCCCCAAUCAAAUCACCCCCGAGUCUCCUUUUACUAAGCUUGAAGAGGUUAAGCAUCUUAAGUCUUUCCUCAUAGCUUUUAUCUUUCAUACCUGGAAUUUGAACCUUUUCCAGAGCCUCUAUCUUUCUUGUAGUACCAGGCUACAUUUAAUUGAAAAGUAAAAGUUGUUUAGCCGACUUGGUCAUAGCCAGUCUAUAUCCGGGUAAAACCUGAGCAAUAUUGGGGUUAACCAAGUCCAUUUGUACCAAAAAUCUCUCAUCCUAGUCUCCCACUCCUCUAGACCUCUUGAUUCUAGCUUUUUCUCACUGGGUUCAGGAAAGUCUUGCUCAAGUGCUGUCCUCUUAUAACAAAACAUCCAGGUCAUAAAAAAGUAGUUCAGCAUAUCAGCAUACAUCUCAGAAUCCACCAUUUAUACAGGGCAAAUGUCUGUAAAUUAUAAUUUUACUCAGAAUAACUCUUCCAUUUCAGUUAAAAAAAAACUUAAUCUAUUCAGUUUUGUGAUAGUUUGCUCCACCCCUUUGGAAAGGGGAUAGUUAUGCUUCUCCCUGCCAGAUGAUUACUAAGGAACUGGUGGCAAAAAGGAGUGGGGUUUUUCGCAAGGGAAAUUCCACAUUAUUUAUUGACUGAGUUUGAGUAUAUAUAGGUAAUAUGAAAUAAUGGGGAGGACUGAAAAGUUACUGCCUGAUUUGUCAGUAAGACAAGGAAAACUUUCCCUGAACAACUUCACUUAAUAUCUAGAAUGGACUUCUAUAGUGGGAACCAGAGGAUUAAUAUUGCCAGGAUUUUCAGUUCCUCAGCAUCUCUCUUCAUUUGUUAUUCAAUAUUAGCCAUGCUGAUAAGAGUAGAUGGGUGGACCUGUCACUACUCCAAUAAAACCAUGAAUUGGAUGAAAGCACGAGAGUGGUGCAAAGAACACUACACUGAAAUAGUUGCCAUUGAAAACCGGGAGGAAAACGUCAAACUCAACGACUAUUUGCCACGACAAGACAACAACUACUGGAUUGGGAUCCGAAAAAUCACUGGCGUGUGGACCUGGGUCAGAAACAAUAAAUCGCUUGAGCAAGGGACGGCCAACUGGGCCACAGACGAGCCGAACAAUGUAAAUGGUGACGAGGACUGCGUGGAGUUUUACGUCAAAUACAAAGAAAACGGGAAAUGGAACGACGAGAAUUGCUUACAGGAAAAAACAGCCUUGUGUUACAAAGCAUACUGUUGUCCGGGCUCAUGCAGCGGCAAUGGUAAAUGUGUGGAAAUUCUCAAUAAUCAUACGUGCGAGUGUCACCAAGGAUUCUACGGCGUGCACUGUGAAAACGUUCAGUGCAGAGAGCUGGUCCCCCCUGCGCGUGGCUCUAUGAGCUGUACACAUCCUCUGGGCAACUUCAGGCGGACGGCAGAGUGUGAGUUCCACUGUGAGGAGGGGUACAGGCUGACGACGUCCAGCAAGCUCCGGUGUGAAUUAGGCGGACAGUGGACUGACAGCCAGCCACAAUGUGAGGCUAUAGACUGUGAGGAGCUGAACCAUCCCAGUCAUGGUUUCAUCAAUUGCUUCCAUCCGUUCGGAAAUUACUCUUACCGCUCAGAGUGCCAGUUCAGUUGUGAAGAUGGGUAUCAGCUGGUUGGUUCCAGAACAAUCCAAUGCACAGCCUCAAGGGAGUGGUCAGCUGCACCACCUCACUGUAAAGCUCAUCUAGACCCUGUUAUUGUUGUCUUGGUUGCCGUGUUAGUGGCUGGAGGACUAAUCAUUCCGUUAAUCGUCAGACAUCAGAGGAAUAAAGUUAAAAAGUAUCGCCUGGAUGGUGGUAUGACUGGUGAUAAUCCUCCACAGGUUUAUAGGAACAGUACUUAGUCUCACUUAACGUCUCACACACAGUUAUCCUGCAGAACAGGACAGGAAGGAUGAGCAAACAGACCACACCCAUUCACCAUUCCAUCUGAGCAUGCUCACCUGGCAGUGAAACACAAAGCUAGAUUACUUUAUAAACUAGAUUGGCAUAAUGUUGCAUUUGGGACAUACAGUAGAACAAAAGCAUCAACGUCAUUUACCAUUUCUCACAUUUCCCAUCCUGUGGGAAGUGUUAUCUCUAAUUAAGAACAGAUUUUUCUUGGGUCUGGAUGAAAUUAAUUACUUUUUCCAUUCUACUCAUUGUUCAGUCAGUUGGCAAACUCUAACCCUUAGAAAACUUUGAAACAAGUAAUGUUUUAUUGCCAUUGACAAGAUGUAUUUUAGUUUACCUUGUGUAACAUGAAUUGUAUUUUUUUUAAAUGUAUUUUUUAAUAAAGUGAAUAACCAUAA